AUGGCUGCUGAAAAACCUGCAUCAAUUUUUUUGGAUUUUGCAAAUAUUAUCAACCCUUACCGCCUGGAUCAUGGGGACAAUCUCUCCAUUCCCUUGGUCCCUGACCUUCUCACCUUAGAGAAUUAUACAAAUUGGUCAAGAGCUAUGUGUAGAGCUCUUCGUGUCAAAAACAAGCUUGGUUUCAUCAAUGGAACCUUAACCAAACCAAAAGACCCUGCUGAUCCACUCAAUGAUGCCUGGGAGAGAUGCAAUGACUUAGUGGUCUCCUGGCUACACAAUUCCAUUAACCCCACUCUCAAAUCCAGUAUUGCAUUGGUGGAUGAUGCAAAUCAAAUAUGGGGAGAACUAAAAGAGCGUUUCACUCAACAAAAUGGGCAUAAAAUCUUCCAACUCAAAAAGGUUCUCAUAGGUUUGCACCAAGACAUUGAUUCAGUAAGUGUUUAUUUUGGCAAACUUAAAACUAUUUGGGAUGAACUCCUCAUAUUUGACCCAAUGCCUGAUUGUAAUUGUGGCAAACUUGCUGUCUUAAACGAUAGAUACCAAAGAGAUUGUGUCAUACAAUUUCUUAUGGGUUUAAAUGAGUCUUUUAAUGCCACCCGUGACCAGAUUAUGCUACUAGAUCCCUUGCCUCCUGUAAACAAAAUAUUUUCCAUGGUUCAGCAGCAAGAGAUGCAGCAUCUUGUGCUUAAAGGUACCCCUUCACCUGAUUCAAUGGCCCUUGUUGUCAAGCAGCCAUACACAACAUAUAAGCCCUUUUCCAAACCACUUCAACCUUUCAAACGAGAUAGGCCCUUUUGCACCCAUUGCAAAAUACAAGGACAUACCCUGGACAACUGCUUCAAAGCAGGAAAUGCCCAAGCCCCCAUUUGCAUUCAUUGUCAUAUGAUAGGCCAUCUAGCAGAUAAAUGCUACAAAGUGCAUGGUUAUUCACCUGGGCAUAAACUUCAUGGCAAACCCAAAUAG